AUGGGCGGCUCUGCCUCCAGCCUGCUGGACGAGAGCAAAUGCAGCUACAUCCGAGGGAAAACCGAGGCUGUAAUCAAAAACUUCAGCCCACACUACCAACGCCAGUAUGCUGUUGCUUUUUGUAAGCACAUACAAAAUGAACUGGAACAGCACCGAAACUUCCAGUCUCAAUUCCUGAAAACCAAGCCCCCUGUGGAAUCUGGGAUGAUCUUGUAUGAAGCAGAGUUGUUGCAUUUUGCUGAAGAUCUGAAGAAAUGGAAGGAGAGAUAUAUUGUGAUCAGAAACGACUAUGCAGUGCAGAGCUUUGAGAGCAAAGAGGCUUACCAGAAGGGAGUCAGCCCUAAAUAUCGUAUUCUUCCUGCAGGAGGCAAAGUACUGACCUCAGAAGAAGAUUACAAUUUGCUGUCUGAUAAGCAUUUUCCAGACCCAGUUGCUUCUAAUGAGAAGGAAAAUGCCCAGGCAUUUGUUCUCCUGCCAAAAGAGUUUCCAGUUUACCUGUGGCAGCCCUACCUCAGACACAGUUACUACUGUUUCGAGGAUCCAGAAGCUCAGCAACAAUUUAGUGCAGUGCUGAAUGACUGUGUCAGACACUUAAACCAAGAUUUUCUCAAGCAGACCACGUUUGACACGCAGGCAUUUUUAGAAGCCGUCCAGUUCUUCCGUCAGGAGAAAGGCCACUAUGGGUCUUGGGAAAUGAUAACUGGCAAUGAAAUUCAGAUCUUGAGCAACCUUGUGAUGGAGGAGCUCCUGCCUAACCUUCAGACCAUGCUCCUGCCUAAAAUGAAAGGAAAGAGGAAUGAUAGGAAGAGGGUUUGGUUUGCAAUUGUAGAAGAAACAUACAAUCUGGUCCAGGAGCAGGUUUCAGAAGGAUUAAACACCUUGAAGGAAGAAUGUAAAGAUCUUACAAAGAAUCUAGAAGGAACCAUUCGUUCAGACAUGGAUCAGAUUUUGAACUCAAAGAACUAUUUAGCUGGAAAAAUCAAAGCAACAGUUUCCGAGCCGGCUGAGAAGUGCUGCAUGGAGAAUAUCCAGCCAUUUUUGCCUUCCAUAUUGGAAGAGCUCAUGGGCCCAGUGAGCUCUGGAUUCAGUGAAGUCCGUUUGCUCUUUGAAAAAGAAGUUAAUGAGAUCAGCCAGGACUUCCAGAAGACAAAUGAUGCCACAAAGCUGAAGGAAAAUUUGAAGCAGCUGAUGAACCUGCCAUUCAACUCUGUGAAAAUGGAACCUUGCUAUCUGAAAGUCAAUCUCCUCCAGGAACAACUCCAGGACCUCAAGAGCCGCUUCAAAUUCUACCAUAUUGAUUUUGUGGUUCAGAGGACGCAGAACUUCAUGCAGGAGCUUAUGGAAAAUGCAGUGUAUACUUUUGAACAACUUCUCAGUCUGAGUAGCCAAGGAGAUACAGUGCAAAUUUCAACUGCCAUUGAAAAAGUCAAACUACGAGUACUAAAGCAAUAUGAUUAUGACAGCAGUACUAUACGGAAGAAAAUAUUUCAGGAAGCAUUGGUACAGAUCACAUUGUCCACAAUGCAGAAGACACUGGCUUCAGCUUGCAAACCAGAGUUGCAGAAAUAUGAACAGUUCAUCUUUGCUGAUUACACCAGAGUGAUACAAGUAGAGAAUGUCUAUGAAGAGAUUUUAUUUCAGACAUUGCUUGAUGAAACCCUAAAAGUAAUAAAAGAAGCUGCCAUUCUGAAGAAACACAACCUUUUUGAGGACAACGUAAACUUGCCUUAUGAAAGUGUGUCCAGUUUAACUGACUUGAAGACCCCUUCAGGAUCAGCACAAGCCAGUCCUGCUAAGAAACUAUCCACCACUUUAACAGAAACAUCAGAUACUGAAACUCAAAGUAAUGAACUGCUUGUUGUGUCAGAAAAAAUGAUCCAGGAGAAGUGUCAUGAUGCUAGAAAGCCAUCAGACAAUGAAGAAGCAGUUUAUGUCAAUGUGUCGAGCAGUCCUGCAAUUAGUAGAGAAAAGGUGAUCAUUACAGACAUCACUGACAAACCGGCGUCUCAUCCUUUUACUCCUAAGGAAGAAAAGGAUGUGGAGGAAAUGAUAACUUCCCAGAAUGAAAAUGCGGUGGAGACCAAGUUUGGAGGGAACACUGAAAAAGAAAAUAAGGUACAAGAAGAGGAGAGAAGUCUUACAGCCCCUGGUACUGUGAAUGAGAUCAGAAGCUUGCUGAUGGUGACAGUUGAAUUACCAGCAGUCGCUCCAUCUGAGAACAAAAAGGAAGUGGCAAAUGAAUAUGAAAUUUUGAAGUGGCAAGAACAUGGUGAAGAGAGUGAUGAAAACAGCAAAACUAAUGCAGAAACCGGUCAAACAGACCAGGUAGUGAAUAAAGAAGUAGAACAUUCUGAGCUCAAGGUGGAGCAGCCACCUCCAUCCAGUUUUGGUACAGGCGAUAUGAAAUUAAUGAUCAUUUCAGAGGCAGGCAACCAUGCGACUCAAGCAGAAUGUUUGGAGGUCGCUGAAAAACUAGAUGUGUCUCAAGAGUCAAAGGCAGAAAUGGAGACCAACCAAAGUGUCUGGUAUACUGGUCUGGAAAGCUGCAAAGGUCUUCAUGACAAAUCGCAACCAGAGACACACACCGAAAGCAUAGUUGGAGACAGAAGAUCUGAUCUGGAGGAAGCAGGUGAAGAUCACAUUCAUGCUGACCCAAUGGAAACAGAGGCUGAGAGCUUUCCUGGGUGUUCUGCUGAAAGUCCUGAUGCAAUACAAGUACCCAUUCUGAGUAUUGAAAACUUAAGAAUAGAAACAACUAAUGAUUUUCAGGUUUCACUAGUGCUAGAGGAAGAGGAGCUUAGCACGGCAGAGGUUACAGUCGAUAUUAAAUCUGAAAGCUUUACUGUUACUGCAAGUGAUGAGUGUCAGCCAGCAGGUGCACCUUCUCUAUGUGCUGAAAUCACAAGCUCAGUAGGAAGUGAAACUGUCACACAAGAAAACAGUGAGGAGAGCUCUACAGAGCAGCACUCUGAAGAGUAA